AGCUCACUAUUACUCUAGCGCACUCACAUGUCAAGCACUUACGACGUUAUCGUCUCGCGCAUUCAGGACGCGUUCAAACCUUCCGAGUUGGAGGUGACGGCCAUUAGCGAGCGAGAGGCCAAGUACAACGUCCGCAUCGUAUCUUCCGUGUUCGCUGGCGUCCCUCUCCUUCAGCGUCAUCGCAUGGUGAAUGCCCUAUUUGAUGAGGAGCUCCGCUCAGGCACCAUUCACGCCUUGACGAUCUCUGCUAAACCACCUUCGUAA